AAGAGUUAAAUUCCACUAGUCAACAAUGUAGCAAAGCAAAGAAGAUAAAAGAAAUGGCGCUUGCCUGGAGUCCAGCCACACCACUGCCAACUCUCAGACCACCACUGCGCGUCCACCACUGCGUGAGGAGAGCCGAGGUGAGAAGGAGAUUCCAGUGUCGGAGCCUGUUUGGAUUCAAGAGCAAGGCGCCCAAGCUCGAAAUCGUCCAGGCCGGGGACCCUGUCUUGCAUGAGGCCGCGCGAGAGGUGCUACACUCCGAGGUGAGCAGCGACACCGUCCAGAACACCAUCCAAGGCUUGAUUGAUGCAAUGCGGGAGGCACCGGCCGUGGGUCUGGCCGCUCCCCAGAUCGGAGUUCCUCUCCAGAUAAUUGUGCUCGAGGACACCGCCGAGUAUAUCAGCUACGUUUCCCGCGACGAGGCUCUUUCCCAGCAGCGAAAGCCAUUCGAGCUCCUGGUGAUCAUCAAUCCCAUCCUCAGACCCACCACCAGUGCCACUGCCAGGUUCUUUGAAGGAUGUCUCAGCGUUCAUGGCUUCCGGGCGAUGGUGGAGAGGCACCUCGACGUGGAAGUCACCGGACUGGACCGCGAAGGCAGGCCAUUGAAAGUGGACGCUUCCGGCUGGCAGGCUCGAAUCCUCCAGCACGAAUGCGACCAUCUCGCAGGGACCUUGUACGUGGACAAGUUCAUCCCAAGAACUUUCAGGUCUGCCAAAAACUUGUCCAUGCCAAUGGCACGGGGCUGUCCCAGACCUGGCUUAUGCUCAGUAGAACAUGCGUCUUCCACUGUUUAAAACUUCUA